AUGGUAGUUUUAAAUGGAGGCCAUACUAAUCACAGUCAUCAUCCAUAUCAUUCUUUGCAUUGUUUACUUCAAAUUCUAUCCAUUUUUGAUACAUUGAACUACUGGUCAUUUGUGUCACCAAUUUUAAAAUGCUACUUCAGUCAAGAACAUAAUCGCAACAACAAUAAUACUACUACUACAAAUGACAAUACUACUAAUAACAACCACAAUACCAAUUCUUACUCAUCCCUAUUAUCCAAUUGUAAUGAUUAUUCAUUGAAAGAAAUCAAAUCAUCCCCGUUUAAAUUUAAUCACACUACUACCAAUACUACUACUAAUACUACUCAUCAUAUUUCACAAACACAAAAUGACCAUGUCUUAUUACAUAACAACAGUUCACCACGUCGAUCCUCCUCCCUGAUUAGAUAUAAUCAACAUCAACAUGUGAAUGAUAAUCGAAGUUCCAUCAAAUUAAAUCGUUCACAUCGACAACAUAAACAAAAUCCACCAUAUUCAAUUGAACAUUUAACAACUAAUGGCGAUACAGCAUUACCAUCGUAUAUGUCAACGUUAUUCAGUUGUGAUAGUAAAUCAUCGUCAUUAAGUAAGGAGAGUGGCGGGAAAAAGAUUUUAAAUUUUCUUCAACGUGGAUUUCAAUCGAAACGACCAAAAUCAAUGGUAAAAAGUGAACGACGCAAAAAUGUUAAACAUCGAUCAAGAUCCGUUUCUAAUUCUGAUCAAACUAUUCCAAGAUCAUUGUCAAUUAUUAGCGCUAACAGAGCGCUUAUAUUUCUUGGAGAACAAAUUCAAUUACCAACAGAAUUAUACAAUGCAUUUGAUGUGAAACCGACAGAGUCUGUUUUAACAUGUGGCAUGACGAACAGUGAUACUAGUCAUCUAGUACAAAUUUGUAAUAUUGAUCCAAGUUUGAUUGGAAAUAAGUGUAAUUAUUAUUUUCAAGUUAUGUCUCCAUCACGAACAGCAAUGAUCAACGAUGAUCCCGUUCGGUUUGAUAGCCCACAAAGAAAAACUGACAAUGUUCCAUGUCCACGUCUUGAGACUAAUAAUAAUCUCUCGACAAUACACCCAUCAAAUCUCCUUCAUUCUCAGGAUAACACUGGUGAAACUGUCAAUAUCCCCUUUGUCAUUCACAAUUAUUCAUGUCAAUCAGCGCUGGAAAGAGAUCGAUGGGUACAAUUAAGUCUUUCUACUCCGAAAUUGAAAGAUGAACGAUUAUAUGAUGAUGUUCAAUAUUCAAUGCCAUCGUCAAAAAAUCAUCAAAGUGAAUUAACUUUAAUUGAUUUAGAUCAUAUACACGCUACAACAACAGUGAUUACUAAACCACGUACACAUUCAAUGAUCAAACUUGAUCAUAACAAUGAUAACAGUCAUAAGGUGAUGACAAAUGAUAGGAAACAUUUCAUGACAAUACAAAGACCCAUUUUAGAUUAUCGAUUUACUCCACCAUUAACUAGAUCAUUAAUUUCUUUAAAACGUUUAAUCAAUCCAUCCCAGGAUACACAACGACGUAUAGAGAAUUGUUUAAACAUAUGGAUUCAAGAAGCCAAAGGAUUAAUGAUGAAAAAUAAGUAUUAUUGUACAAUCUCAGUGAAUGGUACAAUUUGUGCACGUACAACAGUUAAACAAAUGACAGAUAUGUUGUUCUGGGGUGAAGAGUUUGAUUUAAGUGGUCUCGCAAACUGUUCAGAUUUAACUAUUGAAAUAUGGAAAGUAUGUGACAGUAAAUCAAGAUCUCCAUCACAUCGUCAUCGAACUACUUCAUCACAUCGUUCCACACCAUCAUCGCAUCGUCAACAUCAACAAACAACCAAUACAAGUCCUUUACCAAUGUGUAAAGUUAUGAUGACUUGUACAAAAGCUGCAAAUGAUGGUUCCGUUUCACCGCCAGAUUUUACUGCUUUACGUAAUUCAGUCAUAUUGGAUGAUUUAUCCAUGACAUGCGCCAGUAAUGAUGAUACAGUUGGGUCAAGACAAAAACGUCGCAAAUUUAAAUCAUCCAAAUCGGUUAGUCCAUCUCUUGUCGCCACUGUCAAUAUUUCUCUGACGGAUCUUUCUAAUGCCGGUGAAGUGGAAAGUUGGUAUACACCAAUUUCAACUGAUUCAACACAAUCAAUAACAUCAUCCUCAUCACCGGAUCAAUUAAAACAAACCGAGUCGGCUAAAAACCCCAAUGAAUCAUCAAAUGUCAAUAAACCUAAAUCCAAAGGACGACAUUCAAAUCGUCGUGAUAACAAUGUGAACUCUAUACAAAUUCGUGUGAAAAUUCGUUAUCGUACUCUUACUGUUUUACCAUUGACUAGUUAUACACGUCUGGAAGCUAAUCUAUGCCAAUUCCAGUUGCCCAAGUCAAUGGCCAAUGAUGGUACAGAGAAUAGAUUAAAUCAUGGGAAAUUCGAUUCCAUUUCUCAAUUGUCUAUAGGCAGUAAUAAAUCAGAUCUCAUUCAAUUAUUAGCCAGUUUAGAUCCAUGGUUAAAUGUCAAAGCAAAAGCUGAAUUAGCCGGUGCUAUUGUUGUAUUACAACAAGCGCAUGGACAAGUCACAGAAUUUUUGGCUAGUCUUAUUCUGUGUGAAGUGAAAAAACAAACUGAUCCAAAUAUGGUAUUACGUGCUAAUAGUAUAGCAACAAAAGCCACUGAAAUUUAUUUACGUCUUGUUGGUGGAACAUAUUUAUCAAAUAUUCUAUCGGAUUUCAUACAAAUUGUCCUACAUGGUUCCACAAUUGAUUCCCAACUAAAAACUACCAAUCGUUAUCCAAUUGAUUAUGAAGUAGACAUUAGUAAAGUACAAAAUUCAACACAAUUAACACAAAAUCAAGUGAAUCUACUUAGUUUGGUGGAGCUAGUAUGGAAAAGAAUUUUAUUGAGUGAAAUGGAAUUUCCUGAACAAUUCCGUGCUUUAUUUGUUGAAAUUAGACGAUAUUUGGAGACAACUGGUUCAAACAGUCAUUAUUCAUCAGUCAAUAAUCUUAAUAAUAAUAAUAACAGUAAUAAUAAUAAUCAGUAUCAUUAUGAUGGUGGUUUGAAUGGGUCAAUGAAUUCAGCAAUCAAUGGUGGCGCCACGGGCGGUGCCACUAGUGGUACAUUAUGUGAACAUGUGAUUUCAGCUUGUUUAUUUCUACGUUAUAUAUGUCCAGCUAUAUUGUCUCCUUCAUUGUUUAAUUUGACACAUGAAUUUCCUAGUGAACCACGUGUAUUACGUGCAUUCACUUUGGUUGCGAAAACAAUUCAAACUUUAGCUAAUUUCAAUUUAUUCACUGGUUCAAAAGAAACUUAUAUGAAAUUUAUGAACCAAUUUGUUACAGAUCAAUUGCCAGCAAUGCGACAAUUUCUACAAUCGAUUUCAAUUCCACACAGAAAGCCAGCCUUAUUAACUAAUAGUAACAAUAAUAACAGUAGUAGUUGUAGUACAAUUUUAAAACCGAUCAAUUCUUUAUCCAACAUACAUUAUACUACUCAUAUGAAUAACAAUGAUAGUAGUAAUAAUAAUAAUAAUAAUUCUAUGCCACAUUCAUUACAUAUCAUUGGUACAGAUGAGAAUGCUUGCUUAAAACCAACUAAAAAGGAUAGAAAGAAUUCAAUGGAGAAUAGAAAACAUCAUUUGAAUAAUAGUCAAUCACAUCAUGGUGGAUUUGUAAAUUUCAAUGAAAUGGAUAAAUCUACUAGUAAUAAAAAAUAUGAUUUCACAAAUUAUUCAACAGAUUUUCAUAAUACUGAAUUAAUGUUAACAAGUCAAUUAAAUGAUUCUAAAUCAAGUGUAACAGACAAUACAAAAUUACAAAAGUGCCCGAAUACAACAACUCCAUUAUCAUCAUCAUCAUUAUUAUUGAGCAAUUCAAUUUGUCUACCCCCACUACCAACAAUCAAUCAGAAUGGACAUGUAGGCAACAUAAAAGAUCAUGUAGAUUUACCGUUGUGUUUAGCUUUGUGUCAUCUUCAAUUAACUGAGGCAAUUGACAAAGUUCCUGAAGAUAAGCGAAUACCUGAUGUGAAAGAAUUGAAAACAAUCUUAGAUGAAUUGAAUACAUUUCUAGUAAGUGGGAAAGAUCCUCAACCCAAUUGGUGGCAUAAAACAACUAUGAAUAAUUAUGAUGGAGAUACUAUACCGAUCAAGACAAACAUAUCACCAAUGAAAUCAAUAAUUCACGAGAAUUUCAACAACACUCCACCAAAAACGAAUACAAAAUCGCUUUAUGCUCAAUCGAAUCAAAAUAAACUUGUCCAAAAUCAUAAUCAUAAUCAUCAUCAUAAUUAUAAUGCCUAUAACUCUGAGUCUACUACAACCAAUGAAUCAAUAUCGUUAAUCAAUAAAAGUGUCAAUCAUUUGGUCAAUCAUCAUGACGAUGAGUCAACCAUUUGUGCAUCGAAUGUACCAAUGGUAAAUUUAACAUCAUCGUCGAAACAACAAAUUGUUGUUUUACCUGAAAAGAGCAAAAACAAUUCUCAUCAUCAUCGUUGUAAAGAAGAACAAACUAGGAUGAUACCUGACUCGAAUAUUGGGUUAGUUGUAGCAAAAAGAAGACAGAAUGAUUCAUCUAUGCCAGAACGUGUAACAGCAACACAGUGUAAUUCAAUAGAGAUUAUUAAAAUUUCACAGUCAAAUACUCACAAUACCACCACGACUACAACUACUACUACCACUACUACUAAUAAUAAUACUAAUAGCUCACUAAAUGAGAUCAAUCAACAAGUUUACAAUAAUACAUCAAUCAAUUCUAUGAAUGGAUCAAAGAAAUCCACUGAAUCAAAUCAUGAUUUCACAUCAAUCAUUAAACGAUGUGAUAAUCGAAGACGUGUACAAAGUCCACGUAAAACACAAGAACCAAUUAUUAUUUAUGAUCAGACUACAACAGAUAGUACUAAUCGUAAUAAUAUUAAUAGUACUAAUCUAUGGAUUCACAAUGACACUGCACAAAAAUCAUCAGCCCAAAAACAACAACAAUCAGUCAAUCCCAUUGCAUCCAUAGAAAUUUGUCAUGAUAUUUUGAAUCCAGAUCAAUUUACGCCUAAUAUUAAUAAUAAUUUAGGAAAUUCUUCGUCAUCCGGUUAUUUCACCAUUUCAAGUCAUACAAAUCUAUUGAAUGAAUCAUUUACAGAACAAAAAUCAAUUCCAUCUGAACAACUGAUCAAUAAUAAUGCCACACCAGAUACUACUGAUGUCAUCAUGACAUCCUUGUCUACUACUAUGAAUUCUUUUUCGACUACUACUACCACUACUACUAAAGCUGGUAUGAGUAGUAUAAAUAAUUAUAGUCAAAAUGGUAUAGGUGAUCAACAAUUGAAGAAAAAUUUACAAAAAUCUACUGCUAGACGACAUACUUAUGUGAAUUUAAUGCCUAAUAAUAAUAAUAACAGUACUAUGAAUACAUUGGACACUGAUCAAUCGAUCGAUAAUUCUCUGAAUUAUGAUAAUAUCAGUAAUCAUAAUAAUAAUGGCGAUAAUAAUAAUAAUCGUACUAUUGAAUUAGAUGAACGAAAUUGGGCACCACCAGUGUACAUAUCUGAAGAACAGAAAAAUCGACGUCUUACAUUAACUUAUCCAAAAUCAAAUGAUUAUCAACAUCAUUCACCGAUUGAUUCACCACGCAUUAUGAAUUAUUUCGAUAAGGAGGCAGUGAAUUUCAAUGAUCCAUUUCAACUUUCAAUGUCAGAACAAGAAUUCUAUAGAAAUUCAUCUACACUACAGACAGAAUGGCAACGAAUUAAAUUUAUCCCAACAAAUAUUGCACAUACUGUUAGUGCAGUAUCAAGUUAUAAUAAUAACAAGAGGACUGCAAUAUUUCCAACAGAAAAUAAUACACCAUCCAAUGUAUUAGAUCUUCAAAGUGAAUUCGACGCAUCACAAGCUCGUCUAGCCGAGACACAAGCACGUCUUUUAGCUAAUGAAGCUGAACGUAUACAAAUUUUACAAACAUGGCAAAAUGAAUUAAUCAAACAAUCCCAGCUGAUCAAUGCCAGUAAAACUGUUUGUAAUCAUCAUCGUCAUCAUCCUCAUCCUCAUCAACAAAAACAACAAAAUUUAUCUACAAUUUCACAAUUCUCAUCAAAUUUACAAUUGACCAAUGCUAAUCCCAAUAGAGAAAAUAAUAAUCUACAUUGUCCUAAUGAUGGGAAUGAAUUUGUGGGUGAUAAUGAACCAAGAUCAAUCUCAGUGAUUCCACUGUUCAAUACAGAUGGAAUGAAACAACACGAUUAUAACAAUAAUGAUGGAAGUAUUUACGACUAUGAGAAUGGUGAUGAAGUUGUUGUUGAUCAUGACAAUGAAUUGAUGAAUCAUAAUCAUGGUCGACAGUCUCAACAUUGCAUGAUGAUUGAUAAAAAUCCGCCAUUAUUAACUGCAACCAAUGGAAUGAAUCGUCGAAAUUAUGGUAUGCAUACAUUAUCGCCGAAUUCAUCGAUAAAAUCAUUAAGAUCACACAGUAAUCAACCUCGUAUGGGAGCAUCGGCAGUGGUUACAAAUUUACAAGACUAUCAUCAUGCAAGCUCACCAAUCAAUAAUAAUGAUUAUGGUUAUUUCCAGUCGACAAUACCACGAAGUAAGAUAAUGACGAAUCGGAAUUAUAAAUUACAAAAUACUACUACUACAGCUAUAACUGUUACAUUACCAACUACUACUAAUACUAUUACUAAUACUACUAAUAGUACUACAGAAUACGAUGAAUUCUGUCGUAUAACACGUAGUCCUUCAACACCAGGUUUGAUUAAUUCAAAUUUCACGCCGAUUCAUCAUCAUGGAGAUGGUGUUGUUAGUCCGGAUAAACAAUUAGAUUCAAUUGACAAUGUAAAUGAAUUUACCACUAUUACCAAUAAUGCCAAUGAUGAAGUAUUUGCUAGACAAAUUCAAGCGAUUGUACAUGAGAACAAUUCACAAUUAUAUACAGAAUAAAUGUAAAAACAGCUUUAAUCUUUAAUUAUUGAUCGUACUAUAUUGGACAUGUGUAAUUUCCGAUUGAAUUUGUCAAACAGCAGCUACAAUGCUACUACUAUAUGACAUUGAUUUCUUUGCUCUCUCUCUGUCUCUCAUCAGCUCAACUCAUUUCCCCGACAGAACUAUAGGGGCAUCAACAACAGUAACCAGUAGAAGACACACAGAGGAAACGAACUCACUCACCACUCUGAUUCAUUGUAUGCGCUCACUCACUCACUCACACACUCUCUCCUUAUAUAUAUAUGCAAAUAAUCAAGGAUACGGUAAUCGUUUAAAUAUAUACACAGCGUUUUACAUAAUCCGACUUAUAUACACACACACACACACUCAAGCAAACUUGUCUUUUCUAUCCGCAUAUUUUGUUUAUCACUCUCAUAUGAAACUGUUCAAUUGAUGAUGAUGAUGCCUAGCCGCCUGGCGCCAAUGCAUUACACUAACAAUGACAGAAACAACUUUUUUUUUCUUUUCUUGUGUAUAGAUUACUACUUAUUUACUACUUAUUUCAUAUGACAUUAUUUCAUAUUCUUUUGUGUGCUGUGAACUGAAUUUUUUUCAUUUUGAUUUUUGUAAUAAAAAAAAGAAUCAAACAAAAUAGUAUCAUGAUGUUUGUUGACAGUGAUUUGAUUUUUUUUCCCUUUGUACAACAAACAAGCAAACAAGAAUAAAAAUAGUUCACAUUUUC